AUGCUUCUCUACCACCUACAGAAACGAGUUCACAUUCUAAGGUAUCAUGGUAAUAUUGGGUUCAAGUGUGAAUCAGCUUUACCCACCAAAUUGAUCAUUGCUCAGUCUAUAUUUUUAUCUUUUCAAAACCUAGGAAAGAACCUUGAUGCUGUCCAUGACAUCACGGUGGCAUAUCCUCACAACAUUCCUCAAACAGAGAAGCACCUCCUUUACGGAAACUUUCCCAAGGAAAUCCAUUUUCAUGUCCACCGAUAUCCAAUAGACACCCUCCCCACAUCCAAGGAGGACCUUCAACUGUGGUGCCAUAAGCGAUGGGAAGAGAAGGAAGAGAGGCUGCGUUCCUUCUAUCAAGGGGAGAAGAAUUUUUACUUUACUGGACAGAGUGUCAUUCCACCUUGUAAGUCUGAGCUCAGGGUCCUUGUGGUCAAAUUGCUCUCUAUACUGUAUUGGACCCUGUUCAGCCCUGCAAUGUGCCUGCUCAUAUAUUUGUAUAGUCUUGUUCAGUGGUAUUUUAUAAUCACCAUUGUAAUCUUUGUGCUGCAAGAGAGAAUAUUUGGUGGACUGGAAAUCAUCGAAGUUGCAUGUUACCGUUUUUUACACAAACAGCCACAUUUAAAUUCAAAGAAAAAUGAGUAA